GUGAGCUGCAGUAAGACUUCCGGUGCAGCAGAUGGUAGUAUCGUGCUAGCUACUACUAAUGUCCCGUCAGGGAAAUGUAAAGACGAAGAAGACGUAAUAUCAACAGUGCAGCACUUACAGAGAUAUAAAGCAGUGCAGCAGUAACAAGGCUGUGAAAAUGGACACAAGAGCCUUGAGGAAUCCAUACCCUGACUAUGAUGGGAGCCCUGCGUCCACACAGGCUCUGUUUGACUCUCAGGGAAAGCUCACAUCAGAGUUUGCCCAGAGGCUGAGCAGCAAGAUCAGUGAGCUUUUAGCUGUCAUGGAGAAUGGGUUGAAGUCUGCAGAUCCAAGAGACUGCACCGCUUACACUGGUUGGGCAGGGAUUGCUCUGCUCUACCUGCACCUCCACAACAUUUUCAAGGAAGACUCCUUCCUCCAGAGAGCCCUGGAGCAUGUCAGCCGCAGCCUGAAGUGUCUGACCCGACGCCACGACGUCACCUUCCUGUGCGGGGAUGCCGGGCCGCUGGCCGUGGCUGCUGUGGUCUACUCUCGCCUGCAGUGGGGGCAAGAGACUGACGAGUGCAUCAACAGACUGCUGCAGUAUCACCAGACUGUGGUGAAGGGAUCAGGCGGGCUGCCAGAUGAGCUGCUUUAUGGGCGAGUGGGUUACCUCUACUCGCUCAUCUUCAUCAACCAGCAGCUUGGGCAAGACAGGAUCCCACUGCAGUACAUCCAGCAGGUCAGCGAAGCUGUGCUGGCAUCGGGCGAGCACCUGAGCAGGAAGUUCAGGGUCCAGAACCAGAGCCCUCUGAUGUACGAGUUUUACCAGGAGCAGUACGUUGGCGCUGCCCACGGACUGGCCGGUAUCUACUACUUCCUCAUGCAGCCAGGCUUCGUCUCCGUAGUGGAGCAAGUACACAAGCUGGUGAAGCCCAGCGUCGACCACGUCUGCAGCCUCAAGUUCCCUUCAGGAAACUAUCCUGCCUGCAUCGGGGACGAUCGAGACCUGCUGGUGCACUGGUGCCACGGAUCGCCUGGGGUGAUCUACAUGCUCCUGCAGGCAUACAAGGCCUUUGGUGUUCCUCAGUACCUGGAGGAUGCCUUGCAGUGUGGAGAGGUGGUGUGGUGGUGGGGUCUGCUGAAGAAGGGCUAUGGGCUUUGUCACGGCGCAGCAGGUAAUGCCUACGCCUUCCUGGCUCUCUACCGGCAAACGCAGGAUCCCAAGCACCUUUACAGAGCCUGCAUGUUUGCAGACUGGUGUAUGAACUACGGCAAACAUGGAUGCCGAACACCAGAUACUCCCUUCUCACUUUUUGAAGGCAUGGCAGGCACCAUCUAUUUCCUGGCUGACCUUCUGCAGCCAAUGAGAGCAAGGUUCCCAGCCUUUGAGGUGUAAAUAUUUCUCCACAGGUAGUCCUCCCCACUCACACUGCAAAAAAUAUGUCAAGGAGAAGAUCCACACUCAUGCAUGGAAACAUUGUAUUCAUCUCAGUAAAUAAUAUUUGGGGACAUGACAGGUCACAUAGAAACUUGAUGUCUGGUUUUGACUCCUGCUUCUGACGUUGUGCCAUGUUUUUCCUGCGCUUCACCACUGGGAGCUUGACGUGUUAUUAACAGGAUAAAUAUUAUGCUCACAUCUCAGCUGGUAAUUAUCUCAAAGAUAUUUGAAAGGUGAGAGCUUCACUGUUUUGGGUUUUUUUAUGUGUAUAAAUUUAACUCCUGCUUUUGAUCUCAGAUUGUGACGUCCCUUAAGGUUUCAGUAAAAAGGAAAGAAAUAAGUUUUCAAUUUAAAGUAGGUAAAUGCCGUUUUGUUAACAAAUCUGUAUAUUUCUGUUUGCAAUGUUAAAAAAGGAAAUGGAUGCUUUAGUUUUCAGAGAAACAUCAACAGCCAAGCUAGUUACAAUGCACUAAACAUAAUACAGCUGUUAUGGGCUUAACCCCACAACACUGAGUGUAAGCUGUUGCAUGUCCUUUGCACUGUCUGGGCAAUAAAGCAUGUGUAUUUUUA